AUGUCUUCCAAUCAUCAUCAUCAGGAUGAGGAGAGGAGGCAAGGCUUAACGUCCGAUGAUGAUCAUCAUGAUGAUGGUAAUUGGAUCCACUCCGACCCAAUGUUGGAGAAUUCUCCAUCUUGCCAAUCAUCCUCUUCUUCAGGAUCAUCUCCAUCUUCUACAUCAAUGACUCAAGUCGAUUCUGGAUGUACCAUCAUUUCCGAUGAAGUGGAACAACAGCAGUCUUCUCUGAAUCAUCAUCGGAGGAAAUCAAGUACUACGACUCCCACCACCAAACAUAAAUCUCUCAAGAUACAAAUUGAUUCACCGAUUGAUAGUGCUGUUACUACUAUUCAAACAAAACCACCACAACCAUCAACUGUGGAAUUAUUUACGAAUACUACAACACCUCAAUCAAAGAAGAUGUUUUAUUGUAAAUAUUUGAAAUAUAAAGGAUCGUAUGAUACGACAGUGUUGCUCCCAGAACGCUACAUACCGGACUUGAAGCAUACCAUGGAGGGAGAGCUUGUGAAAGCCCUCGGAAUUGGUAGCUUCGGGAUAGUUUUCAAAGCUUUUGACAAUCAAAAUGGAGGAAAAGAGGUAGCCAUUAAGAAGAUUGGAGAUGUAUUUUCAAAACUACACAGAAAACAUUUGUUGAGAGAAAUCAAAAUAAUGAAAUUAUUGAAUGGUCAUCCAAAUAUUGUCAAACUUGUGGAUAUGUACAUUACCGGAAAUCAAAACAGUCCUCAUUUAGAGAUUAUUGGCUCUCUUUCACCAAGUGUUUUUGGUGGAGAGGGUUUUUAUUCUCCCUCCCAACUUGAAGAAUUUCCUGUAGAAGUGCAAGAUUUAUACAUUGUUCUGGAAUUUAUGAAAGAUGGAAAUUUAGCCAAUUUUAUGUCAAAUAGCAGAAUCUUGCAAGAAACUAUAUCACCAGAAAUUACAAGAAAUAUCAUGUGCCAAAUAUUAUGUGGACUAAAUUAUAUGCAUAGUUUCAAUAUUAUUCAUCGUGAUUUAAAGCCAGAAAAUUUACUUAUGGAUGGAGAACGGGUGGUUUUGGCUGACUUUGGACUUUCAAAAAAACAGCAAACAGAGAAAGGAAGUUCUUACGUUUGUUUCAGAUAUUACAGACCUCCCGAAGUUGUGAUGCAAUACCAUCAACAAACAACAGCCAUCGAUGCAUUCUCGAUAGGAUGUAUAUUUUUCGAAUUACUUUGUCUUGAACAUGGUUUGUUCAAGUAUAAAGAAUUAUUCCGAGUGAAUGGUGUUCUCGACCAUUUACACAAAUUUUGUGAAGUAUUAGGUUACCCUUCACUCCAUGACCUUAAAGGUACAGACAAAUCCAUUCAAUACUUUCAAUCAAAACUCGAUCCUAACAAGUACCAACAUAGACGACCUCUUCUCGAUGAAAUUUGUACCAACUUCCAUCCUUUAGAAGCGGACCUUCUUAAGGGCAUGCUAAGAUGGAACCCUGAAUCAAGAUUAACUAUCAAACAAGCACUUCAACAUGAAUACUUUGCAAGCUGCAUUUAUCUUCAAAAUGAUGCUCUUCUGAAAGCAAAAGAAAUUGAUGAAAAUUCUCUCGAAGUGAAUGACGAUGAUGACCAACUAUUUUCCAUCUUCAAACAUGUCUUUUAUGAGGAAAUACUUUCAUUCAGAGACGAAAGUUUAAAAUGUAUGACCACAAGGUAA